CAGCUUUGAUCAUCGAAUGAAUGCAACGACGAAUGAAUUUGUCCGCGAAACAGACAAACAAAAAUCAAGAGACUGUCAAUUAUAUUUUGCUAUUGGGUUAUUUCAACAACUUAGACACCUGCCUGUCGAAGCUCUUUGCACACCAUCUGAUAGCUAGACGCAAUUGAUUUUUUUCUUUUCUGGAACAGACUGAUUGCCGUCCAUUGUGACUUUGUCUCUAAGGGCUUUCAAUCACUUUGACGUGUGCGCGUCCCACCCUCGCGUGUGGUGUCUUUGACAGCAGCCAACGUCCUGCCUCCGUCGUCUUUGGCGGGCCAUCAGAAAUAAAAACAGACUGCCUACCUGGCACCUGAAACCCUGUGCCCGUGUCAAUCUCUUUCUUCUUCUUGAAACUCACAAAAUGUCGUCCAAACCACCGUCAAGAGUGGUGUUCGUAGGGAACAUCCCAUAUGGACUGUCUGAGGAGCAAAUAACCGACAUCUUCAGCCGGGCGGGCAAAGUACUCAACUUCCGUCUUGUCUAUGACCGGGAGACAGGAAAGCCCAAGGGUUUUGGCUUUGCAGAGUAUCCCGACAAUGACUCAGCAGCAUCAGCAGUCCGCAACUUGAACGACACUGAAAUCAUGGGCCGUAAACUGCGCGUGGAUUUUUCUAACGAGAAGCCGAGCACAAACGACCCCGACGACGGACCCCCCGGUGGCGCAAACGGCUCCGGCGCUCCCUCGUACCAACAACAACAAGAAGUCCCCUCGCUGCCCCCUCUCCCGCCGGGAAAGGACAUUCCCGCCGGCGUCUCGGCGACCGACGCCAUCUCGCGGACCCUGCGCACGCUCCCGCCCGCCCAGCUCCUCGACAUCCUGCAGCAGAUGAAGACCAUGUCUGGCGCCGACCCGGCCCGCGCGACCGAGCUCCUGACCCAGGCCCCACAGCUGUCAUACGCCAUCUUCCAGGCCCUCCUGCUCAUGGACCUUGUGUCCCCGGACGCCAUUCACUCGGUCGUCGACCCGGGCGCCGCCGUCCCGCCCCCAGCGGCCGCCCCGGCCCACGCUCCCGCUCCCUACGGCGCACCGCCUGCUGCUGCCGCCGUCUACCAGCAGCACCCCGUCGCCAACACCCCGCCCGUUCCAAUGCCGUAUGCGCCGCCUGCCGCGCCGACCGCUGCUACGCCGACCCCUGCGCCGGCGGCCGCGCCUCAGGACACGGACGCCCUCAUGCAACAGGUCCUUGCCCUACCGCAGGCCACCAUCGACCAGCUUCCCGAGGCGGAGCGUGCGCAGAUAAUGGCUCUCCGUGCCAGUUUGAUGGGCCAAGCCAGGUAAAGACCGUCGGUCAGGGCUGGAUGACGGAAUCGGGGAAGCUUGAGUGAGCAUGGCAUUCCAUGAUGCGGCUUGUGUCGUAGUCGUCACUGUCUCUAGCUGAAGCCACCCAACUACGAGCAUAAGAUAUCGAUAAAGACCUUGUUUGGCAUAUUAGACUUAUUGUGUUGCCAUGAGCGCCAGGUGGAUAGUCGGCCUUUGAGGGUAUUCGGGCUGAGGAAGUUUAGCAACUCCGAGACUGCCGCAGUGAUAGAGGAGGAUUAUAUGUAAAAUCAACUCGGGUGCACAAUAUCGGUUCCCUGAACUGCUCCAUGAUAGCAGACGUCAAUUCAAUUCCUCGGCUCCCAAGCUCCUCGCUUGUUCUUCUAAAAUAAGCAUUUAUGAGAAACCACAUCGCUGUGAUAGUUUAUGGCUACAGCCAUAGCCAGUACAUCAAAGGAUACAGGGUCAAGCACAGAUGAUUUGAGGGCCGUAUAUGUCAAUGGUGUUUUUUGUUUCGUUUUGUUUCCCAAACCCAGCACUGCCAUAUGCACCCAGUUAGUUUUACAAAGCUUUCAUGUUUCAAAAAUGCCUUCCCACCAAUCUCAAUAUCUAGGAAAAUCCUGAAAGUUUUGCUGUUUUUUAUUUUCUUUCCUACAGAUCUUCACGACCGAAUAAAUGAGUAGGAAAAUACACUCAGCUCCGGCCUCUUAAAUCAUCUACUACCCACUCAAAGCACGGUCAAGUCCC